GCAUUCAAAUUGUCACUUGUUUUGUUCUCGUAGAUAUGGUUAAUCAAAGUCAGAUUCAACUUUACCUUACAAAAGCUUUUACUGUAAACACACCGUUCCCCUGUGUUUUCGUCUAGAUCCCGCUGAGUUAUUGCUAGCGAAGCAGAGAUGAAGCAUUUAUUUCCCGCGUUGCAUGAACGCUUAAGAAAUCCGAGUGAAAAUUAUUUAUAUCUCCGCCAUUGAGAAUUAAGUCUAGCAUAUAAUUUAUGAGGAAACAUCGAUUGUAAGGAAAAAUGACUGUAGGAGAUUGGAUUCAGUUUCUUCAGAGUCUUUCAGAUAUUUUGAAUUAUCCAGGAACGAACGUCAGUAUAUCACUUAAAUAUUCUUUGAAAAUGACAUACAACUUGGCGAGUGUUUGUAUCGGUAGCCACUAUUUCAAAUGUAUUUUAAUUUAUACAUAAUCUAGAUAAAGAUAUAUUAUACAGAUUAAUUUAUACAUAAUCUAGAUAUAUACUUGUAGUCUUAGGUUUGCUUAGGAAAUGGCACAACACAAAAACCCAAGUUACAGUAACGUAAAAACAAGUUGUAAAUCAUUCAUAACCGUGAAUGUAUUCAUUUUCUCUGGUAGAUAACAAAUACGCGAAGGGGAAACUUCAAUCGGAAUCUAAAAAUUACGACAGUUUAAAAGUAGGUGUCAUUUACAUAAAACUACUAUAUCGGAAAUGAUAAACAGUCUCGUUCGCCCCAUUUGUUUGUUCAUAUGAAAUUGAUAGAUAAAAUUUGUGCGUGAAAGAAUUUUUUUACCAUUACAUUGAGAAUGUUUUUAUUCAGAUGAAGGCUAAUUCAAAAACGUGAAAUAAAACAUACCUACAAAUUGGUCUUCAAAUAUUUAGUUAUGCCUCAAGUGUUAUAAUACUGUUCGGUUCAUAUGUUUAUCUGGCUGAUGACUCAGCCAAAACAAUCUUAAAUCAAAAUAACUACCCACACUUUUUAUUUAUUUAUGGCUGUGUUUUUAGAAUUGCCUGGUGUCACUAAAAUUUACUGUUUAUGGCUAUAUAAGAUAAGCUAUGGUAUAUGUUAUUAAACCUGUUCAAAUUGUAGGGAUCUCUAUAACAAUGUAGGUAGGAUGUCCACGCAAUAUUGUUGUCGAAUGAUAUGUUGUACAACAUGACAUGCAAACUUAUUACUCGCUGCGAUCUCGAAAACAAUAUCACAAUCACUGAUCAGAAACAGCGCACACGUGGUUUAUAGAUGUUUAUCACACAUUCUAUAUAAGGUUGACUAUAGGUAACAUGGUACUAUAUAUUCUGAACCUAGCUCAUUUAUUGGUUAUUCAAAGAAUGAAGUGCGAGUACACUGCGGUGAAAACAUUAUAUUUUUUCGUAACGUUAUUUGGAAUUACUAAAGGAGAUGAAUGUUACCGUGCAGAAUUUUCAGAAGAUGUCUGGCCCUGUGCCGAUUUUAACAAUGAGGUCAUGAAAUGCGACCCUCUCGAGCUUGGUAUCGUAGAGGGAAAGGACGGGGAAUUGGGCUUGCAAGGAAUGAUCGGACUUGACGCCGAAAUAGAGGAUGGAACAAUGAUGAUCGUCGAAAUAUGGAAAAUCAUGGAUAUCGGAAAGGAAUACCUGUACCAUGCUCAGGGUGACAUAUGUGGCAGUUUAAAAGAUACGAACACACCGUGGUUUCCUAUGGUUGAUGCAAUGAAGAUAACAGAAUGCCCUAUACCAGUGAAACAAUAUGAAGUAAAAGAUAUGGUAAUCAAUUUAGAGCACACCAAGGAAAUGUUGAACCAUGAGUUGUGCGGCUCAUAUCUUGUGCAAAUGUCUAUGUCGACGUCAGAAAUGAAGAAGAUAUCUUGUUACGAGCUAGGAGUUGAUAUAAGUGCAUACAGUUGCAAUAAAACUGAAGACUAAAAUGGUAAA